CUCCGUAAAGAGUGGUCGUGAAAAAUAUUUUUUUUAUAUAAAUUUUGUGACUUGUAUGGAAUUAUCGUAAAUUACGAACCAUGUCAGCACCAGUGGUGGUGAAACAGUUCCCAUUAGAGAAGGAGUACGCCAAGAAGACCGGAGUCACUCCUGAGGAUGUAGCCAAGCUGCGGGCCUGGCUGGCCACGCAGCCUCACCUUCCUGGGGAGCUCCUUACAGAUCUGGACCUGGUGCUGGCGUACCACUGCUGCCAGCAAAGCGCCGAGGUCUCUAAACAGGUGUUAGACCUCCACUUCACCCUAAAGACCCUCUUCACUAACUUCUUCAAAGACCGCCUGGUCACGGAGAAGACCUUUGCUACUUUAUCCAUGGUGUGCACGGUGCCGUUGAAAGUGAGCGCGCACAACGACUCGGCCGUCUUCUACUGCCGUCUCACCGACGCUGACGCCAAGAAGUUCGUCUUCCACGAGUGCGUCAGAGUGGCUCUGAUGACACUAGAUCUCUGGCAGGAGGAGGAGGGCACUUGGCCCGGGCUGGAAAUCAUCUUCGACAUGAGGUUGUUCAGCCUGCAGCACCUCCCCAAGGUGGACCUGCACACCUUGCAGCAGUUCUUGUAUUAUCUUCAGGAAGCCAUGUUGAUGAGAGUGACAGGUCUUCAUUUCAUCAACGCGCCCUCCUUCAUCGACAAAUUGAUGAUGCUGAUCAAGCCUUUCCUUAAAAAGGAGCUAUUGGAGUGCCUUUUCAUUCAUCAGAUCGGCGCCACUACGUUGGAGAAGCAUCUACCCAUGGACGGCUUACCAGAAGAAGCUGGUGGAAAGGGUAUUUCUCUAAGCAAGGCCACCGAGGACCUAAAAGAACGUUUUCAACUCAACAAAGACUUCUUCGAGCGAGAAAACAAAAGACGCGUAGUGGACCCCCGGAGGCCUGGCCGACCGAAGACCAUCUCCGACAUCUUCAAAGGGAUUGAGGGUACUUUCAAGUUUCAAGAAGCUCGACAUCGACUAGUAGUUCGACGACACCUCUCGCGAAUCUCGCGAUGAUCCCUAUGACCGUUC